AUGCUACCCGCCGAAUUUCACGAAGUCAACGAGAAAAUCCGAAUUCUGCAAAAAGAGCUGCCGGUGGAUUGGUUGGUUCGAGCGCACAAUGUACGUAGUUUGGACGAGCUGGUGCAAUUGUACACGUGGCAAAAGCAAUGGGCCGAUGAGAAUUUGUCGGUGAUUUUGAAGAUUCUGCAGGUAAUUUUUGUGAAUUUUUCUUUGAAAAAGUUGAUUUUUGCUGGAAAUUUCUCUGAAAAUUCAAUUCUAUAGACCUGCUAGGCUGGAAAAUUGACAGAUUUUUUGGCAGAAACGCGGAAGCUAUGCCCAAAUUUUCAUUUCAGGAUUACGAGAAAAACGGUGGUUAUCCGGACGCCGCCAACAAUCCACCAAUCCUCGCCAAAAAACACCAAAAACUCAGUUCGUCAGAUCAAGAUUUACCGGAAGUCUACGAAUUUGUGUGCGAUUUUUUCGCAAUGCUCCAAAAUGAGCCGGUGAUUUGGGACCGCGAAAAUGCGGCGAAUUUCGGAAAUCACCGCCAAAUGCGUCAAUCUUGGUGCAAUUUAUCGCUGAAACUUGGCGGUUGGGGAGCUAUGCAACAUGUACAAAUGAUUAAAUCGAUUUAUCGCAGGAAACGCGAUCAAUAUAAUUUGGAUGUGAUGAAAAUGGGAAAACCUUUUCAAUAUGAGGAGUUAGUGCAUUUUUAAGUGCAUUUUGACUGGAAAUUUAGUGAAAAUCGUGAAUUUUGAGCUCAAAUUCGAAAAAACUAGCGUUUUUCCCGUUAAAAAUCAAUAUUUUUCAUUGCCACGUGGAUUUUUGAUGAAAAAUCGAUAGAAAAAAUCUGGAAUUUUUUCCAGACAACUAAAAUUCCUGCGACCAGUGAUAGAAAUGGCGAAUUCGCGCAAUUCACCAAUUCAAAUUGGCCUAGAUGAAUAUGUAAAUAUGACAACGUGUGCUGAAAUUGAAUACGAUUCGGAAAUUGAAUAUGCACCGCCUCCAACUCAAGAAGUUAUGAGGUGAGGAGGAAAUCUGGAAUUUUGGCUGAAAAUCGCCGAUUUUUGAGCCAAAGUUUGUGAAAAUCUGAAAAUUUUGACUGAAAUUCGAGAUUUCCAUGGGAAAAUUCAGGCUUGACUUGAAUUUUCAGCAGGAUUUUCAGCUUAUAUCGCACCAGGUCGAAUUUCAGCCGAAUUCAAUCUGAAACUUGACUGGAAUCUUAUUUUUUCCUCUGAAAAUCUGUAUCUUUCGGAUUUUCAGAUGAAAAAUGGGAUUUCAGACAAUUUUCAGAUUGAAUUUGGCUGGCUUGCGGAAGCUAUGCCCAAAUUUUGAUUUUUAGUUGAAAAAUAACUGAAAUUCAUUAUUUUCAGCCCAAAAAAUCUAUCAGAAUUGCUGAAAAUCCAAUUUUCCAUCUGAAAUUUGAAAUUUCAGCUGGAAAAUUGUUUUUUUGGCAGAGCUAUGCCCAAAUUUUGAUUUCAGACUAAUGUUGGGCUGGAAAUCUGGAAUUUUCAUCCAAAAACAUUCGAUUUUUUCCAGAACUGUCGAAGAUUUCAUCGAUCAAAUGCGAUUUUUAUAUGGAGAUGUGGCUGCGGCUGAAUAUAUGCAAAUUUGUUGUAAUGAUGUGAUAUCGAAUAAAGAAGCGAUAGCUAUGCAAGGAGUGAGUGAAAGUUUGGCUACAAAUCUGGAAAUCUCGAGUUUCAGAUGGAAAUUUGGGUUUAAAUUCGCCCAGGGACUUGAAUUUUUGACCUAAAUCAGCCUAGAAAUUGGAAAAUUCAAACUCCCCCGUCUCAGCUGAAAAUUCAAUGAAAAAUUCGAUUUUCAGCAAUGUUUUUAGGCUGAAAAUGGUGAAUUUUUGCAGCUAAACGACUGUGAUUGGGCUCGAUCCUAUGCCACUCAAAAUCAGCCUUCCACCUCGAAUUCCGCUCUAAAAUUUGAAGAAUCGACCGAAGGUGUGUAA